UGCGGUGACCCCGGGCCCCCAGCUCGCUCGCAGACACUAGGGACCGGCCCCGGGAUGUAGGUCGGAGUUGUCAACCACCUCCGUCAGAGGCUGGGGGAGCGGGGUCACCCUGGUCCCCACUGGCUGUGCCCCUCAGUGCUGGCAUCUGGCCACCUCUGCUCCCUUCUCUCCUUUCCCGGGCAAACGCUGCUGGCUUUGGCCCCUGAUCGCUGCCUCUGCAUCCACGGAGCUCUGGCUGGUUUGGGGAGCCAGGAGGUGCUCACUGAGCUUGGGGCCAGGCUCAUGGCUUUAUAGGAGGACACUGCCUAUUGUCCGCAGCCUGACAGUCACUACCUGGGUUGCUGCCAAAGUCCUUUGGGGUUCUUUGAGAAGUUGGGGGCGGAGAGAGCUGAUCUCCACACUAGUCUUUCAGGGCUCUCCUCUGAAAUAGCCGUCAUUCACCUGUGGACUGGCCUGCUUUUGAAGGGUGUCAGUGCCAAAGACUUCUAUAAUGGGCUUCCUCUGCUGUCAAAGUCUCUCAAGCAUGAAAACAAAUUAAUAAUACACAAGUUUAACAGAGGUUAGAAAUUCCAUUAAAUGCAUGACAACUUCUCCUGUGCCCCAACACUGCAAACUGCUCCAGUCCUGCUACACUGGAAUCUCUCUGUUAGGUCUUUAUUUGACCCUCAUGAGGAUAACUUAAAAUAGUAGGCGAAUUGGCCUCUUACUGCAAAGGUUGACACUAGUGGACAGUCCAGAACAUAUGGUAACUUGAGCCCAUCCUCUUCAACCUGUAGGCCCUCUUAAAUUUUCCUGUUCAAAUCUUUGUUGGUGUAGCCUAAUCUUUGAGUGGGAUAAGACUUGUGAGGGGUUUGUGUGGAGAGAGCCCCCGUUCAAAUUUCCAUUUGUGGACUUGCUUAGUGUUCUGUGAUUUGGAGUGGGUGUGUCGUGAUAUGAGGUUGGAGUGCAUCACAGAGUGGCAGAAGAGUGUGCCUAACCAAGGUUCAGGCAAACCUGGGUGGUGGUUUGAAGCUGAAGGAGAAAUACUUUGCAUUUAUUUUGGAAGUAACAAUGACCUUCCCUGACAGGUUUUGAGAAGUUGGGUGUGUCCAGGGUCUUCACCCUGAAGCUAUGUCCUUUUUGGAGCGCUGUGUGCUAUCUUCUUUGUUGAGAAGAUCAGUAAGGCCUUCCUGACCAGUGAAGGGAUUGAAGCUUGGGGAUUGGGAAGCAGUCUUCAUUCUCUCCUUAGCUCCCCCCCCCCCUUGAGUAUCAGUUGGUGUCCUUGAGGGUGGAAGACUGAUGUAGCCAGCAGUCUGGAACGUACAGCAUUAGCGGGAUGGUCGGCCACCCAGGCUGUAAUGUCGUCCCUGACGACCUCCCAUGAGGGCGAGAGCUCCACUCCCAGGUUUUUUGUUGGUACCAGAGAUGAUGAGACAGACUUUCUGGGAUCAAACAUGAAGACAGACGAGAUCGAUUUCUUUGAGGACGAUGAGGAGUCAGAGUCGCCUCCAGAACGGCAGAUUGUGGUUGGAAUCUGUGCCAUGACCAAAAAGUCCAAGUCAAAGCCCAUGACCCAGAUCCUGGAACGUCUGUGCAAGUUUGAGUACAUCACAGUGGUGAUCAUGGGAGAAGAUGUCAUUCUGAACGAGCCAGUGGAGAACUGGCCUCCUUGUGACUGCCUCAUUUCCUUCCACUCUAAAGGAUUCCCUCUGGAUAAGGCAGUUGCUUAUGCCAAGUUGUGCAAUCCGUUUCUGAUUAAUGACCUUGAUAUGCAGUAUUACAUCCAGGACAGGCGAGAAGUAUACCGGAUCUUGCAGGAGGAGGGCAUAGACUUGCCCCGCUACGCUGUGCUCAAUCGAGACCCUGACAAGCCGGAUGAGUGCAACCUAGUGGAGGGAGAGGACCAAGUGGAGGUGAAUGGAGCCGUUUUCCCAAAGCCGUUUGUAGAGAAGCCAGUCAGUGCGGAGGAUCACAAUGUUUAUAUUUACUACCCAACUUCGGCAGGUGGGGGCAGCCAGAGGCUCUUCCGGAAGAUCGGUAGCCGGAGCAGUGUUUACUCCCCUGAAAGCAGUGUACGGAAAACGGGCUCAUACAUUUACGAGGAGUUCAUGCCUACAGAUGGCACUGAUGUCAAGGUGUACACAGUUGGGCCGGAUUAUGCCCAUGCGGAAGCCCGGAAGUCCCCUGCUCUGGAUGGGAAGGUUGAACGGGACAGUGAGGGGAAAGAAAUCCGCUAUCCGGUCAUGCUGACUGCCAUGGAGAAGUUAGUUGCCAGGAAAGUCUGUGUUGCCUUUAAGCAGACAGUGUGUGGGUUUGACCUUCUGCGGGCGAAUGGCCAUUCCUUUGUCUGUGAUGUGAAUGGGUUCAGCUUUGUGAAGAAUUCCAUGAAGUAUUAUGAUGACUGCGCCAAAAUUCUUGGGAAUAUAAUCAUGCGGGAGUUGGCUCCCCAGUUCCAGAUUCCCUGGUCCAUCCCAACAGAGGCAGAGGAUAUUCCCAUUGUCCCCACAACUUCAGGCACCAUGAUGGAGCUGCGCUGUGUUAUUGCGGUGAUACGACAUGGAGACCGCACCCCCAAGCAGAAGAUGAAGAUGGAGGUUAAACACUCUAGGUUCUUUGAAUUAUUUGAGAAAUAUGAUGGCUACAAGACAGGGAAGCUGAAGCUGAAGAAACCAGAGCAGCUGCAGGAGGUGCUGGAUAUUGCGCGCCUGCUAGUGGUGGAGUUGGGAACUCACAAUGACUGUGAGAUAGAGGAGAGGAAGUCCAAAUUGGAGCAGCUAAAAACUGUCCUGGAGAUGUACGGACACUUCUCUGGCAUUAACCGCAAGGUGCAGCUAACCUACCUGCCUCGUGGACACCCAAAAGCUUCCAGUGAAGAUGAAGAUGCCCGUAAGGAGCCCUCCCCAUCUCUGCUACUGGUGCUGAAAUGGGGUGGAGAGCUGACCCCAGCAGGAAGGGUCCAGGCAGAAGAGCUUGGUCGGGCCUUUCGCUGUAUGUACCCUGGAGGCCAAGGUGACUAUGCUGGCUUCCCAGGGUGUGGCCUGCUCAGACUGCACAGCACCUACCGUCAUGACCUCAAGAUCUAUGCUUCAGAUGAGGGCAGGGUUCAGAUGACGGCAGCAGCUUUUGCAAAGGGUCUCCUGGCUCUGGAGGGAGAGCUAACCCCCAUCUUGGUGCAAAUGGUAAAAAGUGCCAAUAUGAAUGGACUGUUGGACAGCGAUAGCGACUCCCUCAGCAGCUGCCAGCACAGAGUGAAGGCACGGCUGCACGAAAUCAUGCAGAAGGAUGCCAAGUUCUGCGAGGGGGAUUACGAAAAGUUAGCACCUACAGGCAGCAUCUCUCUGGUCAACUCCAUGACUUUCAUCCAGAACCCAGUAGAGAUCUGUAACCAGGUGUUUGCCCUGAUCGAGAACCUCACUUCCCAGAUAUGCAAACGUCUGGAAGAUCCCAAAUCUGCAGACCUGCAGCUGUACCACAGCGAGACUUUGGAGCUGAUGCUGCAGCGCUGGAGCAAGCUGGAGAGGGAUUUCCGCAUGAAGAAUGGGCGCUAUGACAUCAGCAAGAUCCCUGAUAUCUACGACUGCAUCAAAUAUGAUGUACAACACAAUUGCUCCCUGAAGCUGGAGGGCACUGCUGAACUCUUCAAACUCUCCAAAGCCUUGGCAGAUGUGAUCAUACCUCAGGAAUAUGGGAUUAAUAAGGAGGAGAAGCUGGAGAUUGCUAUUGGCUUCUGUCUUCCUCUCAUCAAGAAGAUCCAGUUGGACCUGCAAAGAACCCACGAGGAUGAGUCUGUCAACAAGCUGCACCCCUUGUACUCGAGAGGAGUCCUGUCCCCGGGUCGCCAUGUCCGGACACGGUUAUACUUUACCAGCGAGAGCCACGUACAUUCCCUGCUCAGCAUCUUCCGCUAUGGGGGGCUCUUGGAUGAGUCCAAGGACCAGCAGUGGAAGAGAGCCAUGGACUAUUUGAGUGCUAUCUCAGAACUGAACUACAUGACCCAGAUUGUUAUCAUGCUCUACGAGGACAACAACAAGGACCCAUCUUCAGAGGAGCGUUUUCACGUGGAGCUGCAUUUCAGCCCAGGUGUGAAGGGAUGUGAGGAAGAUGGAAGUGCCCCUACAGGGUUUGGCUUUCGGCCUGCAUCAGCAGAAAAUGAUGAUAAGAAGCCAAACCAGGGCAGCAUGGAGGAUCUCUCCAAAGUGAAGAGCACUGAUGAGACAGACCAAGCACAAGAAAGAUCAUCCCAGCCCUCUGAGCCAAUCUGCGUUCAGCGGAGAUCUCCCUUGAUCCGCAACCGGAAAACUGGAUCCAUGGAGGUGCUGUCCGAGUCCUCUUCCAAAACUGGAGGGUAUCGCCUCUUCUCCUCCUACUCCAGACAAUCUGCCGAAAUGAAGCAAAGUGGCCUAGGGUCGCAGUGUACAGGACUAUUUAGCACUACUGUGCUCGGAGGCUCCUCCAGUGCCCCAAACCUUCAGGACUACGCACGCAGCCACGGCAAAAAGUUCGCCGCCAGCCUGACAUACAAAGAUGAGCUCUUGUCUAUGCCAGCCGUAAAACGAUUUUCUGUGUCGUUUGCAAAGCAUCCGACUAAUGAUGUGCUUGAACACCAUCGUGUUGCCCCGCUGCUGUGCCGUUUUUCCUCUGACAAUGCCAUGAGACGGAACAUCUCCUUGGAUGCCACUCUGGCCCACCACCUACAUCAGUGUUCCUACCACCUGCGUCUCUUCAGGAGCUGGCUGAUCUCAGGCCAGGAUGACUUGGAGUGCCUCUACGGUUUUGAAGGCUGCUCCAUGGUUCCCACCAUUUACCCACUGGAGACCCUGCACAACUCCCUCUCUUUGCGACAGGUCAAUGAGUUCCUGACGUCUGUGUGCAGGUGUCACAGCAACUCUCACUCUCGAGCAUCCACAGCUCUCUUUGAUUCCGUGAUUGGAAGCCAGACACCCGGUGACCCCUUCAUGCCACAGAGAAUUCUCUCGUCCUCGUCUCUACCACUGCGCCAGCGCUCGGACAAACCGCCGUGGUACAGCAGUGGCCCUUCCAGCACUGUCUCCAGUGCAGGCCCCUCCUCCCCGACCUCAAUGGAGAACUACGCUCGCUUCGGCUUCACUGAGAAACCUUCCAUCAGUCCCCAAAUAAGUGAAGAGCGACUGAACUGCCAGCCCCCUGAACAGCGUGAGAUGGAGCCCUCAGGGGAGGCACGUGAGCUAGAGCUGGGUGGGUCUGGGCCCUUGGUAGAGAACCCCCUGGGAGAGAUGCCAGAACAGGGCCUGAUGAGGAUGCCAGGGCUCUUGGAGGUCCCAGAGCCAAGCAAGGAGGAACCAUCUGCGGAGGUGCCAGAACAGGGCACGAUGGGGGUACUGGAGUUGGGCAAGACCAGGCAGUCUGGAGACACAUCUGAAAAAGAUGGGUCAGUGGUGCUGGAGCAGGGUGAAGAGAAGCCAGCUGGGGGAACAUGGGAGCUGGGUGAGACAGGGAAGCUGGAGCCAGGUGAGAUAGAGCUGUCUGGGAAGAUGUCAGAUCCAGGUGAAGAGGGGCCAUCUGGGGAGAUGUUAGAACCAGAUGUGAUCAGGCCAGUAAUACCAGUGGGGACAUCUGAGCUGGGUGAGGAGGAGCCAGCGAUGCAGACGUUGGAGCCAAGUGAGGAGGGGCAGCCGGUGCAGAUACUGGAGAAGGAAGAAGAGGAGCUGUCCACAGAUAAUGCUCUAUCAGAUCAGCAUCCAUCCAGUCACCCAUAUCAGGACCAACAGCUGUCCAGUGAGAAAAGUGUUGAGGACGAGCAGCCUUCUAGGCAGCAGGAGCUACAGAACUAGCAUCUCCCUCCAUGGAGCAUGCUGGGAAGAAAGGAGAAUCCCCGAGACAGUCACUGUCUGGAAGCAGUGUGGCUCCCCAAUCCUGGAGUGGACUCAGCUGUGCCCAUGUCUUGCAUAACGUUUCUAGCCCUCCAGUCAACCCGCUGGGCAGGUGUUACGUCACUCCCUGCACAGCAGCUGGCACUCCAGAGCUCUGUAGCAUGCCAUGGCCCGAGCCCCUGGGACUAUAGGAGACUGGUCUAUGGGGACAGGGGAAAAGUCUGUUCUGUUCAGACACACCAGUCAGCUUGUCACCAACAGGCAAGGGAUACGCACCCCUGCCUUCCUUAAAUAGAAAACAAAGUCAGCCCUGGGUGAGCAGAGGCAACUCCCACUGAAGUCGUAGGGAGUGCAUGGGCUUGCUUUUUCAGUGGCACUGGAGCCAGGAGUGAAGGGGAGGUGGGUCCACAGCUGUCAGGGUAAUGAGGCCAAAGGAGAUGCCUGCUGCCUGCAGCUGGUGUUAGCCCACUGACUGCAUGGAGAGGGGCACAGGUCUGGCAGACAUGAGCAUUGUGGCAGCCACAAGCCUCAUCAGAACUUACAAGUGCUGCAUGUUUGUGCUGACCAGCUGCAUUGUGUUGGUCUCCUGCUCUCUGGCUGCUGGAAUAUACCAGGGGAGGAGAUUUGAGGGCAGCUUGAUGAUCUCCUGGUUAAGCUGCAGUAUCCUUGGAAGCAGGAGAAUGAUCCUGAGGCUUGGCAAGGGUGCACAUUCAGUGUGAUGAGAGUGCUUUGCAAGCCAGUGACUUUUGGAACGGAGAAGUCCCAGCCUGCAGGUUCCCGACAAGCCUGUUCAGAAAUGGCUUUUAUGUGAUGGAAUGAAAAAUAGGUAACACUGGGCAUUACCUGCCACCAAAACCAGCUCCUUCCUUCCGUGGGCCCCGCUGCCCCUACCCAGCCUGACUGCUCCACGUGCCAGGUCUGGUAACUGUCUGCCUCUCUCACCUCACCUGUCAGUCACCCCCAGGUGGGGAUGGUUGUAGGGAGGCACAGAGGCAAGUCUGAUGGUAGGGAGAAACACUGGUGGGGGGCAUGGGGCAGGCACUGGGGCAGAGAGGGCAAUGGGGGUGAGAUGGGAAGCUUUAUUGGGGCACUGCAGGGUCAGGUUGGGGACCACUGCAUGUGGGGGGACCCCUUUCAGUGGCUGCCCCUUGCGUGUUCCCGUUGAGCUGGGAUUCCUGCAGGGAGGGGUGUGGUGCCCACUCUAGGAGGGGUGUGCAGGGAGUACAGAGACGGGUCUUUCUAGUCCUUGAGGGUUGAAUGAGCUUUGAGCUCUGAACCCUGCAGUGACAGAAACAAAGUGCAACUGCUUUUUGAGCAAAUCAGGUUUUAUUUGUAAGAUGCUGAUAAGGAGAAAUUGCUAUUGUGGAUAAAGUACAAACUAUUUAAUAUAUAUUUAUGUAAAUGAGUGUCAAGCACAAGCCCAGAGGCAUGGUAACUACAGGGGUCCUGCCUCCUAAGCCAUGGCAGGUAGAGGAAUCCCCAUCUGCAGGGGCUGUGAUGUCACCUCUUCAGCAAAGUGACAAUCUGCCGGAGCAAGUGGAAGGCUCCUAUUCCUUUGUCCCGCCUGUGGGGGAGGACUGUAUUUAUGGUACAGGUUUGUCUGUGUCUGUAGUCUCUGGGGAAGCUGUACCCAAAGAUCUCUGCGCUAUGUCAGGAUGUGUGUGUUCACAGUAAACAUGCUACACUAUA